AUGCACGAACAUGUUGAGUUCUUUAGUGGACCUCCUACCUUUGAUGCUUUGGUUAGCAAGUGCCUUUUUAAAUUUGGGUGGCCACUAAGUUUGAGAGGCAGAUUUGACUGUGGGAAGGAACAGACACAUUAUGUGUUGAUGUGUUUGUCUUGUGAGGAUGAAUGGAAGAACUACAUAGAGGUUAUCAAGAGUAUCAGUGUUAGGUGCUUGGAAGUUGUUGUGGAGAAGGGGUGUAGCCAAAUUAUGGUGGUUGUGGAUGAUAAUGUGGAUGUGGAGCCCGUAGAGAACCUUACCCAAGACAAAGAGUUACAUGCGGUUAUCGUUAGAGAAGUUGAUAGGUCAUGUGAGCCCGGUGCCUUGAAUGAUGAUUUCGAUGAAGAAACGUUUGAUGAGGAUGAUGGCAAUGGAGAUGUAACACAUGAUAUGGAUGACAUAUCCCAAGGAUCGGAGGAUGACGAAGUUGAUGUUGCCUCCACAGAUGAAGAUGACUUUACUUCGGGGCCAGGAGUCCUAGUUGACGGGUCAUUGACAAUGGAGUACAAUGACAUCGAAUUGUGGCAAAUGAAGGCUGUCCAUGUGGAGGUACCCUCGGUACCAAAUUUCAUGGACACUAGUUUGGUUGACUAG